AUCGCAUUGCGUUGUAAUGUUGUUUUCGAAAGAUGAAGUGAUGUAAAAAGUUUGGUUAUGUGUCACUGUUAAUGUUCGCUCUGUUGUCAAGCAUCAACUCAUAUCGAACGUCAGUGAUGAAAAAAAUUUUCGGUGUGUGUGUUGGUGCAGGAUGCAUAUCUACCAUAAAAAUGCCAGGAGAAAGAUUGCAUAUCACCAGUUUGUGCUUAGAUAAAACGAAGGGGAAGAAAACAGAAAAUCAGCUUUGGCUGCUCAAUAAAAAUAGCGAUAAAGAGAAUUUGUUGGCAGUCAUAAAUCGAAACAAUCCCCAAAUCAGCCUGAAUCUUACAUUCAGCCCACCUGUGGAUAUCGAAUUGUAUUGUGAAGGUGAUGCGGAUAUACACUUGGUUGGCUAUUCGGCCAUAGAAUUCAUUCUUGGCGAACGUUCAUCGGGAAUGGAACUACUAACGAAAGAAAAGACUACAGCUAAAGACGUUCCUCAGUGGACAGAGUUGUCUGAUGGCGUAAAGUCUAAAGAACUUGCAGUUGGAUUUGGCAACGAGGCCAAAUUGGGCGAGGAAAUAUCUAUUUUCUACGAAACACGACUUAACGAGGAGGAAGAAGCAGUCAUAAAACAUACAGAAGAACCGCCGAUAACAAUUACUUUGGGAUCGAGCAAUAAUUUCAAAGCCUGGAAUGUUGGCAUCAUCGGAAUGAAGAUUGGAACAAAACGACGUCUCGUUUGUCCACCAGAAGCAGCUUAUGGCAAGCGAGGCUUCCCCCCGAUCAUUCCACCAAAUUCAACUGUCUUUUUUGACGUAACGUUACACAACAUUUUGGAUUCAUCGCUUUGUAAUACUCAAUAGCAUUAUUGAUAAUAUUAGUAAACUCAUAUGUGGAGCUUACAACAACUCAUUACAUGAACAUUUAUCAUUUUUUCCACUGAAUAUUUAUCAAUAGAGUUUUAGUAGUGAGUCAAAACCUAUGACCAUGUCGUGCUAAAGAAAUAUGAACUCAUAUCGCAACGUAGAAAGCGUUGAUAGCUUUUUUGUAAGCUCAAAACAUAUUUGAUCAAAAUAGAUUUGAAAUAAAAAUUACGUUUGUUUGAGCUGAGGCAAAAAAUACAUGUAUGGUAACAUAAAAUAACAAUUUUCAGAAAGAUUUUCCUUCAAAAAAAUAUAUGAAACAUUAUUGUAGGAUUAAGUCAAUGGAUUUCUUUUUCUUCAGACCAUUUCGAUGCUUCAUGUAAUCGAAUUUAU